ACUUUAGCGUCGUCGAGUCUGUUCUCUAGACACGCGAUUUGGAAGCUCCGAAAAGAUGGCGCAAGACUACAACGAGUACCUCGCAGCCAGUGUGCUCAAUGAGCAACAGUUGGUGAGCUAUCGCAAUCUGAGCCGGGCAUUGAAAGUGCAUAGCAAUCUGGCCAAGCAGAUGCUGUAUGAGUUCCACCGCAAGCAGAACACGAAGAAGCCGGGCAGUGUACACGCAACAUAUCUUGUCACGGGCACGAAACAAUCGAGCACUCAGACGAACGGGACGCAAAGCCAAAAUGAUGGGGAAGACACUGUUAUGCAGAGCAGUCCACCGCUGCCCAGUAGCUCUUUCCAGAGACCAGAUGAGGAGGAACGGGAUUCGACACCGGUAAAGACUAUCAUGAUCGUGAAGGAGGAGAAUUUGGAACAGGCGAAAGCACAGUUCGAUGCAAUUACAGGGAUACACAUCUACAGUCUGCAGGCCAACGGCUUAAGCGAUAUACAGACAUUAACCGAAUGCAGUCGGAAGGUCAUGACGGACUAUGCAUCGGAGGAUCCUCUAAAAAAUUGGAAACAGUAUGGCGUGAUACAGAACCCGAACGUGAAGAGGAGAGAAAGACGAAAUGGACCUCCUCCAGCCGCACCUGUCCCGGCGAAGAAGGUCGAGCCCGUAAAAGCAGCUGCUCCUCCGACUUUGACCAAACAAGCCUCGACGGCCUCGAAUGUGUCUGCGAAAGCUGCAACAGAGCCUGCGAAGACAACAACAAGCAAGACAACAGCAGCGAAGAAAGAUACAUCGAAUAUCUUCAAGUCCUUUGCGAAAGGAGCGGCCUCUGCCAACGCGAAGAAGUCGGAAUCUCAGCAGAGCUCAAAGGCAGCCACACCUGCUCCAGCUGAAGAUGUCGAUAUGACAGGGUUCUCAGAGGAUGAUGACGAUGAUGGUGGAAGUGGUCUGGCCGAAGAGCCGGAAGCGAAACAACCAAGUGGACCAACGAAGAAAGAUCGCAAAGCGGAUCUUGAGGCAAUGAUGGAUAUGGAUGACGAGCCGAUGGAAGACGCCGCGCCCACGCCAGAAGCCGAGAAGGAUGAAGAGGAAGAAGCGCAUGACGAGGGCGCCAUUGACAAGCCUGCUGCCAAGGAGGAGCCGAAGGAGACGGUGACUGUAGAGAAUGGCAGGAGAAGAGGCAGACGUAGAGUCAUGAAGAAAAAGACUGUCAAGGAUGAAGAGGGGUAUCUUGUCACCCGAGAAGAAGCUGCAUGGGAGUCGUUCUCAGAGGAAGAGCCUGCACCAAAGAAGCCAAAGACCUCUGCGCCAGCCCCCUCGACAAACAAGCCCGCCGCAAAGAAGGGUGGCAAGCCCGGACAGGGGAACAUCAUGUCCUUCUUCGCAAAGAAGUAGAGGAGCGUGACAAUUUGAUCAAUGCUCGGGGAUAUUUGCUCACAGGUUGGCUGCGUAUAGUUAUUCUCCAGUAUAUUUUCUCUCAAGAUGAACCGGAACUAUACAUGCGCCAGCACUGCUGAGCUCAACCCUCGUUCGACACCUUUCACAAGCUCAUUACGCACACCAAAAGCAUUCUAUGUUCACUUGCUGUAGCCGCGAUUUCCAGGAAUUUUCAUGGACGCCGAGGGAUGCUUAGAAGAACUCAAACAACCUCGGAAUGUUUGAGCGUCAGAACUCUAUUCCGAAGAGAUGUGCUUCCUUCCUCCAAAAGGCGGCAAUUUCGAAACGCUGUUGCCGACUUUCAUUUCGCACAGUGGAACUCACUGCCAGUAGAGACCAAGACGCAUCCUAUGCCCAGGGC